GCCCUGCUAUUCCAAGUUCAUAAAACAACAAAGAAGACUCACUAAUCAAAAGCUCUCUUCUUUUUUAUUACUCUAUUUUCCUCAUCUUCAUUUCCUUCUAAUUUGCUUCCCUCUUCAAGAUGAACAUUGUUAUAAAUAAUUCUGCCCUUUUCAGAACUAUGGUUUUGCUUCAAAAUCACUUCUUCCCUUUGUGUGAGAUGCUUUCUUUUAUGUAAUUUUUAACGGGUUUGGCUAAGGUUGAAUUUGCUUAUUGCUCGAAUUCAAUUGUUAGUCACAAUCCCUCUCAUCUUUCACUUAGCCUUGAACCAACCAAUUCUCAUCAGAAAGUUGGAAAAAAAUGGAGUCUUUCAAUUUCAAGAACAUCAAAGCAGAGAAAGCAAACGCAAUUCUUAGGUACAAAAGGCUUCAAAGGAUCACAAUCCUAUUCCGUGCCAUGGAAAUUUGCAUAUUUUUUGUCAUAAUCUUAAGAUUUUCCACUCAGUUGACAUUUGUUUCCAAGCUUUUUAGUGAGUAUUUCAGGGAACUCCCACUCGCCCUCAUUAGUCCCCGGUUCAUCUUCGUGCUUGGAAAUGUGAUUGUCAUCAUCUUGUUCUUGAAAUCUAGAGAGUCAUAUGCUAAAGAUAAUUCAUCAACGAGCACCAUAACCGAUUUCCAUGAUGAGUAUAUGAAAGAAUGUGCAAAGCACAUAACCAAUUACAGUGAACAGAGCAUGAAACAGAGCAUAAGCAAUUGCAGAGAACAGAGUCUGAAACAGGGGAAACAGAGUAUAAAUAAUUACAGGGAACAGAGUACGAAACAGGGGAAACAGUGCAUACUUGGAGAGAGAGAAGUUGGAAGGAAAAUUCGAAAGAGCCGUUCAGAAAACUUGCUGUUUGUCCCCCAGCAUGAGGAGACUAGACGAGAACUGAGGCGAUCGGCGACGGUGGUCUGCCGGAGAAAUGUGGAUGAUGAGAUGACUAGUGAAGAUUUCAGACGAACAGUGGAGGAUUUCAUUGCCAGGCAACAGAGAUUAUUGAGGGAAGAAGAAGAGUUUUCAGCUGAUGUUUCUUGUGAAGCCUAGCUCAUAAGCUAGUUUUUGUUCUAUUUCUCGUUGAAUUUUAUUUUCUUAGGUUAAUGGAGAAACGUAAAGCAAUCAUCUUUUUUUCUUUUCGUUCUUCUUGUUCUUAAGACAAGGCAAGAGGACCUUGAAGUAUGAUCCUUCUCUCCCAACUGAGAAUAUUUUAUCCUUUUCUUUGUGAUAUUUACAGUAAAUCAAUAAAUACAUGACAUCUAUUCAUAUA